ACUUAAUAGUUCCAUCAGUUAGAUUAUAGUCAAUAGUUGGAUUACUUUACGUAACGCGAUAAGUUGAAGGUUAAAGAUAGGAGAUUCAUUGUUUUUUGGAACUACUGAAAUUCUGCUAAUCAUGAUUUCAUAAUUUCGAUCGAAAAGUAAUUCGAAAGCCUAACCAUGCCAGCAAUCCAAAAACAUGCUCCAGCUUUCUCGGGCACCGCUGUUGUCAAAGGAGAAUUCAAACAGAUUUCUCUCUCCGAUUUCAAAGGAAAAUAUGUUGUGCUGUUCUUCUAUCCACUAGACUUCACGUUCGUCUGUCCAACCGAAAUAAUCGCCUUCUCCGACCGCGCCCAGGAAUUCGAGCAGAUCGGCUGCAAAUUGAUCGCCGCGUCCACAGAUUCUCACUUCAGCCAUUUGGCAUGGGUGAACACACCGCGUAAGCAGGGCGGUCUUGGUGAAAUGAACAUUCCCCUUCUCGCUGACAAGAGUAGCAAGAUCGCACGCGACUACGGUGUGCUCGACGAAGACACGGGCAUUCCAUUCCGUGGACUCUUCAUCAUCGACGACAAGCAAAUCUUGCGUCAGAUCACCAUCAACGACUUGCCCGUUGGCAGGUCCGUCGACGAGACCUUGCGUUUGGUCCAAGCAUUCCAGUACACUGACAAACAUGGAGAAGUGUGUCCAGCUGGCUGGAAACCAGGAAAGAAAACCAUGAAGCCCGAUGUUCAGGCAUCGAAGGAAUACUUCAAGGAUUCGUAAAUCCUUUCGAUUCGACGGCUCGAAAAUACCAGUGUCCUUUUAUCAGAGUUAUUACUUAAGUUUUCUGUAUUUUUCUGUCACAACAACCUUCCAGUUUAUUUUGUAUCUGAUAGAUGAAUAAACUUUCCAUCGUAUACUUUCGCUAAAAA